GCAGGGGAGGAGAGCUGGGGGCGGCCCCGACGCGCCUCGCCAGCCGUGGCAACGUCAGGCAGCCGCUGGUGAUUUGCUAGCCGCGCCGCCGAGCGCAGCUAGAGAGCCUGAGAGCGGGCGCUGCGAACUCGCCUGACGCGCCGGCGAUGCUGUUCCUCCGGCCGCCGCCGCCGCCGCUCCUCCGCCACUGCCGCCUCCUCCUCCUGCCUCCGCCGCCGCUGCUUCUUUAGCAGCCCGCAAGAGUUCCGCGGUGCAGAGCCCGCUCCAGAUCGUGCAGUGGAAAGACUCCCUAAUGCCUAGACCCCGGGAGUGUUAUGGAUCUGACUAAGAUGGGUAUGAUACAGCUCCAGAACCCCAGCCACGCCACCGGCCUCCUGCAGAAAGCCAACCAGAUGCGCUUGGCUGGGACCUUGUGCGAUGUGGUGAUCCUGGUAGACAGCCAAGAGUUCCACGCCCACCGGACAGUGCUGGCUUGCACCAGCAAAAUGUUCGAGAUCCUCUUCCACCGCAACAGUCAGCAUUACACCUUGGACUUCCUCUCGCCAAAGACAUUCCAGCAGAUCCUGGAGUACGCCUACACGGCGACCUUGCAGGCUAAAGUCGAAGACCUGGAUGACCUUCUUUACGCUGCUGAGAUCCUGGAGAUUGAGUACCUUGAGGAGCAGUGCUUGAAGAUCCUGGAGACCAUUCAGGCAUCGGAAGACAACGACGCCGAGGCCAACAUGGCUGAUGGCAGCACCGAAGAGGAAGAAGACCGGAAGUCAAAGUACAUUAAAAACAUACUCAUCUCCAAGCAUUCCAGUGAAGAGAGUGGCUACUCUAGCCUGGCCAGCCAGAGCCUGAUGGUGGAGCAGAGCCCCUCGGUCUCCACCUCCUUUGGACUCUCGGCCAUGAGCCCCACCAAGGCAGCCGUCGACAGCCUCAUGUCCAUCGGCCAGUCCUUGCUGCAAGGGGCGCUGCAGCACAGCGGCCCUGAAGACUUGCACUCUGCCAGCGGCCGCCACCCAAACCUGUCCGAGGUGAAGACAGAAGCGAUGCAGGUGGAGGAGGCCUCCAGCCACGAGAGCCUGAGGACGGCUGACUUGAGCGCUUCCAUAGGGGACAAAGGCGAUGACAAGAGCAAGCAAGGGCCCGGCACCCCCACACGCAGCAGCGUCAUCACAAGUGCCCGCGAACUUCACUACCCCCGUGACGAGAAUGCUGAUCAGUCCUCGGAGGUGGUCCAAGGCCCACCGGCUGGGCCAGAUCUCAUGGUUUCCCACGGCGACAAGACGAUGGGCAUCUACCCCGUGCUACCCAAUCACAAAGGCGACUCCAUGCUCAGCAUCCCGUCCUCCAUGGCACCCGCUCUGCACGUUCAGCCGGCUCUUGCGGUGUCUAUGGACUUUAGCGCCUACGGGGGGCUCCUCCCACAAGGCUUCAUCCAGAGAGAGCUGUUCAGCAAGCUCGGGGAACUGGCUGUGGGUAUAAAAACUGAGAACCGAGCCAUUGGCGAACAUUGCAGCGUCUGUGGGGCAGAGCUUCCGGACAACGAGACAGUAGAGCAACACAGGAAACUGCACAGUGGGAUGAAGACUUAUGGAUGUGAAUUGUGCGGGAAAAGAUUCCUUGACAGCCUGCGGCUCCGGAUGCACUUAUUGGCUCAUUCAGCGGGUGCCAAAGCCUUUGUCUGUGACCACUGUGGAGCUCAGUUCUCAAAAGAAGAUGCUCUGGAGACCCACAGGCAGACCCACACUGGCUCGGACAUGGCCGUCUUCUGCCUGCUCUGCGGGAAACGAUUCCAGACACAGACCGCCCUGCAGCAGCACAUGGAGGUGCAUGCCGGUGUGCGCAGCUACAUUUGCAGCGAGUGCAACCGCACCUUCCCCAGCCACACAGCCCUCAAGAGGCACCUGCGGUCCCAUACAGGUGACCACCCAUACGAGUGCGAGUUUUGUGGCAGCUGCUUCCGGGACGAGAGCACUCUGAAGGGCCACAAGCGCAUCCACACUGGAGAGAAGCCCUACGAAUGCAACGGCUGUGGCAAGAAGUUCAGCCUCAAGCAUCAGCUGGAGACCCACUACAGGGUCCACACAGGUGAGAAGCCCUUUGAGUGCAAGCUCUGCCACCAGCGGUCCCGAGACUACUCUGCCAUGAUCAAGCACCUCAGGACCCACAACGGAGCCUCCCCGUAUCAGUGCACAAUCUGCCUGGAGUACUGCCCGAGUCUUUCUGCCAUGCAGAAGCACAUGAAAGGCCACAAGCCGGAAGAGAUCCCCACCGACUGGAGGAUAGAGAAGACCUAUCUGUACCUUUGCUAUGUCUAACAGGACAAGAGGAGGGAUGGAGGGAUGAAGCUGGGAAGGACUGGGCAAAACCAACCACCCCCCUAAGUGGUCUCUCGUCUCCCUUCUCUCCUUUUCCCUU